CAAUGAUCGCUGCACUAGAAUUUUGCCAAGUCACAGAAGAAAACGCCACCUUUCAAGAGUUGCCGGUGUAACAAUUGAUAUAAGUUAUUGUAUUCCUGUGUCGUGAAUGCGGCUGAUAAGAGGUGAAGCUUUACUAUGGAUCAGAGCGGUCAAGCGAACAUGGAUCCCGACCACUUGUCAACCGGCAUGUUUCGGUGAGAAAAUUGUGGUAAAAAGUCGCCUCUUACCGGAGAUCUGCGGAGCUUGCGCCGUCCAUGCAGCUGCCGUGACUUCCCUCAGAAAUUAGCGUCAAGACACCCGUGGAAACACCACUCCGACUAUCAGACAUCCAACAGAUGAACAGACGUCAGGAAAAACCUCCCCCUCAGUUGCAGAGGGGGAGUUUCACUUCGAAGCAGGAGGAUCCACAGCCCCCCCACAUUAAAGAGGAAGAGGAGGAAGUGUGGAUCGCUCAGGAGGGAGAGUGUCUUCUAGGGCAGGAGGAGGCUGAUCUCACCAAGUUCCCACUGACUGUUGUCUCUGUGAAGACUGGAGACCAUAAGGACAAAACACCUGAGUCCUCACAGCUUCAUCAGAGUCCAAAUGUCCAGCAGCUGAUUGGUCGUCAAGAAAAACUGGGUCCUCAGCCACAGAGUGGAAGCGCCACUUUGAAGCAGGAGGAUCCACAUUCCCCCCACAUUAAAGAGGAAGAGGAGGAACUGUGGAUCACUCAGGAGGGAGAGAGUCCUCUAGGGCAGGAGGAGGCUUAUCUCACCAAGUUUCCACUGACUGUUGUCUCUGUGAAGACUGAAGACCAUGAAGACAAACCACCUGAGUCCUCAGAAAACAGAGGGGCGGAGUCUCCAAGCAGCAGUUUAACACAACACAUGACAACAGAAGCUAAUGGAGACCACUGUGGAGGUCCACAAACAGUCAAGCUCUUAGCUCCACUUUCAGAUAGUGAGGACAUAACGUCGCACUCCUCUCAGGAUGAAGACAGGGCCAACUUCCAAGAGCCUUUGAGCAGCGAUACAGACUGGGAAGGAGACAUGUGGACUCACACUGACGACGGACAACCUAAAUACUCUCAAAAGAGGACUCGUAAAAAACAUUUGGCCUGCUCAGUUUGUCCGAAAAAGUUCCCCUCUAAAAGUGAAUUGACUCGACACAUGAGAACGCACACGGGAGAAAAACCUUUUAUUUGUUCAGUUUGCGGUAAAAGGUUCUCUCAGAAGGGAACAAUUAAAUUACACAUGAGAACACACACAAGAGAGGAUAAUAUGAGGACUCACACUGAUGACGAACCUUCCGAAAGCUCUCAAAAGACGACCGGUAAAAAACAUUUGACCUGCUCAGUUUGUGCUAAAAGCUGUUCUUUUAAGAGUGACUUGACUCGACACAUGAGAACGCACACAGGAGCAAAACCUUAUAGUUGCUCAGUUUGCGGUAAAAGAUUCUCUCAGAAAGGUACGAUAGCAUUACACAUGAGAACACACACAGGAGAAAGACCCUUUGUUUGUUCAGUAUGCGGCAAAAGAUUCUCCAACAGCUCAAACAUGGCAUCACACAUGAGAACACACACGUGCGAUAAACCGUUCCGAUGCUCGGUUUGCGAUAAAAGCUAUUCUUAUAAAAGGGACUUUGCUCGACACAUGAAAAUACACACGGGAGAAAAAACGUUUAGUUGCUCAGUUUGUGGCGAUAAAUUUGCUCACAAUUUCACCUUAGUUAGACACAUGAAAAAGCAUACUGGAGAAAAACCUUUUAGUUGUUCAAUUUGUGGUAAAAGAUUCUCUGAGAAGGCACACAUGCGAUUGCACUUAAAAACGCACACUGGCGAAAAAUUAUAUGGAAAGAAACAUUUGACAACACACAGUUGAGAGAAAACCAGGAAUAAAAAUAUUCUGUCUAGUUAAAUUUCAGAAUCGUAACAUCACAUGUGCAAAGUUUCCUAGAGAAUAAUGAUUUUUGUGUAUUUGAUACCAGAUUCCUUCAUUAAUUUCAAAAUAGUGUUAGGUUAAGAAUAGCAGCUCAAUAAAGCUAAUCAAUGUUGCAAUUUUCAUUGUCAACUGACUCAAAAGUAAAGUAAGGCUCCACCGUUCCAAAAAUGUGCUAGCUUGAUGCUAAUAUACAUUGGCUUUGCAAUUGACAUGCUACCAAUUAGCAUUAGUGAUUUUUCAUGGUGAUUACACCUCAAAAUGUAUUAAUGAAAACUACAAUGAGUGGAGGGGCGUGGCCUGCGGGCCUGCAGCGAAGCGGGGUGUUCCAGAACGGGCCUCGAAGUCAUAAUCCGGCGGAUGGUGGCUUCGCCCUAUUAGUUCCUCAGCCAAGCACAUGCAACAAAUGUUCCUCUCGUACUGAGCAGGAUUACUAUUGCAACAACACAUCAUCAGUAGGGUAAAACUAACCUGCCUCACGACGGUCUAACCCCAGCUCACGUUCCCCAUAAGUGGGUGAACAAUCCAACGCCUGGUGAAUUCUGGUGUCGGCCCCCACGGGGGCAGGUGGGGAGUUUGACUGAGGCGGUACACCUGUCACACAGUAACGCAGGUGUCCUAAGGCAAGCUCGGGGAGGACAGAAAACUACCGUGGAGCAGAAAGGCAAAAGCUUGCUUGAUCUUGAUUUUCAGUAUGAGUACAGACCGUGAAAGUAGGGCCUCACGAUCCUUCUGGUUGUGUUGGGUUUCAAGCAGGAGGUUUCAGAAAAGUUACUACAGGGAUAACUAGCCUGUAGCAUCCAAGAGUUCAUAGAGACGUCUCUUUUGGAUCUUUCCUCUUCCUAUCAUUGUGAAGCAGAAUUCACCAACUGUUUAAUUGUUUACCCACUAAUAGGUUAGUUUUACCUUACUGUUGUGUUGUUGCAAUAAUCCUGCCCAGUACGAGAGGAACCACAGCUUCGGACUUAUGAUACAUGUGCUCGGCUGAGGAGCCAAGCACAAUGACUUUGAGGUCGUUCCUGGCACACCCCGCUUCGCUGCAGGCCCGCAGGCCACGCUCCCUCCACACAAUGCAUGUUACAAUUAAACAGCUAAUGCGGUGUAAGUACAAUACUUAUAGUGUUAACACCUUUUAGGGCGCAACCAAAAAAAAACAGUUUUACACUCGCAACUGUAAUUGCAACUUAAUCUCAUACUUGCAAAUGCUAAACUGAUGAUAAUAAAACAAAAUAUUAGAACUGAAAUAAUCUGUUUUAAAAUUUUAAAAUAUUUGGAUAUUAGUUUAAAGUUUAAUUAACAUAUUUAGCAAAUAGCAAAGCAAAUUAAUUAGGAAAAGGCCCAGUACCAAUACAACCCUUACAUUGACGGGAAUGUCAAGCAAAGGAAAUCACACACAAGAAUGCAUUUGUUAGUAUUCCAUCACUGUUGGACAUUUCUAAGUAUGUCAAGUUAUUGUUAAAAAAAGAACUGCACUUUAAAAAAAUGUGUCUAUCAUUCACAAUCCGUAUGUGAGACAAGAACACUUGUUUUUUUAAUCCGUUCUAGCUUGUUAAUGAACGUUAGCAAAAGUCAGCUAAACCUCCAGCAACAUUUUACAUACAUAAAAUGUAGUAACAUUCAUAAAAACAUGUAAUAUUUACAUAUUUGGCUCAUUUGAGGCAUACGGCGGCGUAUUCAUUUCAGAGAUGCAUCACAACGUUCGCUUUUCACUUCGACAACAACACUACUAAUCCUGGCAGACUUCAAGAGAGACAACAAAGACUACUUUGGGACAAAUUAUGAUCCAGAACCUUAUAUUUUUAAACCUGAAUAUAAGGAGAAUUAUCUACUUUUUUUUUAGAAGCUGUGUGCUAAAAAGAUGCAGCUUUAGUGAAACACUAGGCAUCAUGUAGCAAUAUUGCUAAGUGCUAAACAAGACAUACAAACUGUCAACAUGAUAAAACAAUCACUUACUGUACAAUGCUUGCUCUCACCGGGAUGCUGACUGAUGAGAUGUUUAUAUAUUCCCAUUUAGAUGAAGAAUUAAUCACCUGAAGUUAUAAAAAAAAGUGUGUUUUUUUUCAUGUUUUUCUCGUCAUUUCUGGGUCUAAGUUGGAUGUCAAAGUUGACCAACUUGUCGGUUUAUGGAGAGGUAUGAUUUAUGAUCUAGAAUUAACUUUCACCAGCUCACCGGCUCAAUGUAGUUAGCUCUGUGUGAACGAGGCGCCGCUAAAGACAGCUUGUCUGCGUUAGCGCUUAUAAUAACAAUAUCGCUAAUACUUUGUGGAUAUUCAGGUGACGAGAUGUAAAUGAAGUACUUAUUGUUGGAGGUUUUUGGAUAUUUUUUUUUAGAAGACUUUACGAGUACUCCUAUUAGCCGAAUUGUUAGCCACCUCAUACUUGCCAUAUUUUACGAUUUAGAAUGGACACCCCAAAAAGGGCCAAGCGGUUGAAUAUGGAUGGGAUGGAAUGGAUCUAAGCAUUAGUAGCUUUAGUACUACACGUAAUCGCCCAACCCUUGUUGAAACUCUUCUACCCUUUUAACUCACAUUCAUCCAAAUUCAUUGAGGAUAUUUCUCCAGUUUCUUCUUUUUUUAGAAGCCAUUUAUUUUAUGAAUGUCCCAACGCCCAAUUAUUCUGGAUUGAAGUUUCUGUUUAACUAUUAAAUACGCUUUUUGAUAUCAAAUAACAA